AUGCCAGCCUCGCCGGGGCGCCACGAUACGACGCCUUACGGCCGCGCAUGCAGCCAAUGCGUCAAGGCCAAGGCCAAGUGCACGCUCCGUGGCGACGGGAAAGCCUGUGAAAGAUGUCUCCGUCUCAAGAAAGAUUGCCAGCCUGCUGUUGGUGCCCGGCGCAAACCAGGCCGGAAACCGGCCGCGUCCAAGACGGACGAGCUCGAGGCACGCCUCAACGGGCUGAUGUCGAUGCUCGAAAACGUGCCUGGACUACAUCAGCAGCAAAAGCAACCAUCGCAACAACAGCGGAAAAAUGGACCGAGAUCAGACUCAACACCUGAUUCGUCGUCAUCCGCCGUCGUGCCUCGCACAUCCGUCUUCCUCUCCGGCCGUACGAUCACCUACAGCCCACAUGAGAUAUGCAUCGGUGGCGCCCAGCAGCCAAUGGAUGGGGAUGGCGACCAUCGUGAUGAUGCUUCUGCACAUCGUCCGCAGGACGUGCCAAACCGCAGCGACCGUCGCGAUGACGACACCAGCCAGGGCCUCAUCGCCGGCUUCGCGGGAUUGGACGCCGAAGAAGCCCUCGAACGCUUCCGCACCCGCAAACUCAAGUACUUCCCCUUCGUGCACAUUCCACCAAUGACGUCUGCCGCGCGCUUGCAGCAGAGCCGUCCUCUGCUGUGGCUCAGCAUCAUGGCCUGCAGCGCCCGCUCUGCCGACCUGCAGACCCGUCUAUGCCUCCGUCUUCGCGAGCAGAUCGCCACACAGGCCGUUGUGAAGCACCAGCGAUCCGUCGACCUGCUGCUGGGUGUCGUUGGUUUCCUGGGAUGGGGCAUGUACUACCUCAAGCGCGACCCGUUCAUGCUCAUGUACUGCCACAUGGCCACCGCCAUCGUCCAGGACUUGGGCCUCGACCGUGACCCGCCGACGCCGCGUCCGCCCCCCAACACGGCCGCCGCUUCGGAACAACACCCGCUGUCCACCAUCCGCAUUCACGGCUUCGCCAUCAAGCUGCUCGAGUCUCCCGUGCGCACAAACGAGGAGCGCCGUGCCGUCUUGGGGGCCUACCUGGUGACCGUCAUUGUGACCCUCUUCCACCGCAAGCCCAUCACCCUGCCCUGGACCGAGCACAUGGACGAGUGCCUGCGUGUGCUCGACACCGAACCCGAGACGCCGCUGGACCGGCUCCUCGUGUAUCAGUGUCGCCUGCAACGCGUUGCUCUCGACAUUCCCGGCCCACAGGCGUACAUCUCCAUUGCCUCGGCAGCGCAGAUGCGCCAGACGCGCGACUUCCAGGUCACGUCGUUGCUGGCGCGCCAGCGCGAGGCCGAGAAAAUGUGUCCACCCGACCUGCCCGCCGACCUGCUGGAGAUCUGCCGCGUCUCGAACCUGGCCAACGAGGCCUCCAUCUACAGCAUUGCCCUCUUUGCCACCAGCCAGUCGGCCGAGGAACGGCUGCGCCAUGGCCCCGACACGCGGCGGGCGGAGUUGCUCAACACCUGUCUCCGCCUCCACAAGCAGUGGUUCGACCUUGUCUUCAACAAGCGGCCCGACCCCAACCUGCAGCAACAGCAGAAGAGGCACGAAUACGAGCACCAGGAACCAUGGCGGCCGGCUGCUGAGACGCGCCGAACGGCGACGACAGCCAUUGAGGUCGGCCCGCCCAGCAUGCCCGCGAUCGACAAACCGCCCGUGGACGACGGCAGCGUCCCCAGCCACCCGCGCUCGGCGUUCCACGAACUCCCCGACGAUUCCUUUUUCCACAUGUUCUCCUUCCACAUGGUCGCCCAAAUGUCCUACUUUUUGGUCGUCGUCUACCGCCUCGCCACCUUUGGCAAGGACGACCCCAGCUGCGGCUGGGACAAGCACUGGGCCCGUGCCCAGCUGGACGUCCCGGGGAUGGUCGGCGCCGUUGCCGACCGCUUUGCCGAAGUGGCCGCCUACUUUGCCGACCAUGCCGCCAUCGGUCCGAGCGCGACGGCGCCCACCAUGCCACCCGCGCCACCGGGCGAAGCCGCCUUUCCUGAUUUCUUCACGCGGUCGGCCCGCGCGCUCAACAUGCUCAAGGCGACGUGGGUGGCGGGCUGGGCCAAAGAGGAACAGCAGCAACAGCAGCAGCAGGCACCAACACCGGCUAGUGCGCAAGACCUAGAGCGACUCAGGCAGCAACAGCAAGAGCAGCAAGCACAUCAGUUUCGUGACGAUGAAUCACGCCACCACCGACCUGACGUGUCCUUUAGCUUCUCGCUUCUCCAUACCAGUCCCGACGACGCCCUUCCCUUUGAGGCGCUUUUGGGGGAUGAGCAGAAUCUUGACUUUGACGGCGGCAUGGGCAUGUGGAUGGCAGAUAUGUUCACGUCUGAGUGGGGUUUGCAGUGA